AUGAUGCCCUACAACCCAGCGCUCGCAGCGCGCUCGAUACAAAGAUGUCUCUCGCAUACUCUCAGAAGCCAAACAUUACGAAGAGGCGCAACAUACUCAUCAAUUCCCGCGCAACGCUUCUCCACGACCCCAUCCUCUCGCCAUAAUCCCACCACCAGCACAAGCGGCACCGUCGACCCCACCGAAGUAUCGCACUUCAAUGCCCUCGCCUCCACCUGGUGGGAUCCGCACGGCCCCUCGCGCCUCUUACACCUCAUGAACCCGCUGCGCCACUCUUUCAUAUCACAAUGCCGCCUCUCCACACCCACCGAGAAACUGCGCUACCUCGACAUCGGGUGCGGCGGCGGCAUAUUCGCUGAAUCGGCUGCGCGCCUGCCCACUACGAAGAGCGUCACGGCUAUCGAUCCGACGCCUGAGGUCUUGAAGAUUGCGGAGGGGCACAAGAGGCGCGAUCCAACGCUCAUGCAGCCGGGGAGGUUGAGUUAUUUGAACACGUCGAUUGAGGAUUUACCGCUGCCUGCCACCCCGAACGAGGCAUUUGAUAUCGUGACGCUCUUCGAAGUCCUCGAGCACGUCAAUGCGCCCCGGCCCGUUCCUCGAACAUGUGCUGCCGCACGUCAAGCCGGGGGGCUGGUUGAUUCUCAGCACGAUUGCGCGCACGUGGACGAGUUGGGCGGUGACGAACGUCAUGGCGGAGGAUGUGCUGGGCAUAGUACCCAAGGGCACGCACGAGUGGAGUAA